CGCACCACCUUUCUCUUUCGGAUUCCCGACGCGGUCGCGGUUGCUGUGGGUUCUUCCUGUGCCGCCUGGGCCGUCGCCAUGGUGAAGCUGAGCAAAGAAGCCAAGCAGAGGCUGCAGCAACUCUUCAAGGGCGGCCAGUUUGCCAUUCGCUGGGGCUUUAUUCCUCUCGUGAUUUACCUGGGUCAGUGGGAGAAGAACCGGGGAGGGGCGGGGAGGGAGGGAGAGAGGUGCGGAGGUCGCGACUCCAUCUUUGGCUUCUAG